AUGGUGCACAAUGCCAAUACUUUCGCCAAGAAUGCCAAUCCAAUUGCAAACCAUGCCAGUCCAGCCCCUACUUCGCUGGAUUUCCAGAGCGUCCAAGUUAGUCCCAAGCACGCGCUGGAUCACGUGACACGAAGCCCCUGUACUCCGUUCCUUUUGCGCCUCGGGGACCCGCGCUCCAGGCAGUUUGAGGUGCUUCAUUCCCAUGGCAACCAGCGGGGCGGGGAGGAUUCCGCUGUCUCCAUGGCAACUGGAGACGCCUCCCGCUUUGCUCUGCCGGACUGGUGCUGCGAGGGUAGUUCAGACGGAGCGGAGGUGAGGACCCUUGGCGACAUGAGGGGAGCAGAGGCCGCUGUGGUGGCAGCGGCGGCAGCAGCGGCGGCCACCGUGAUGAGGGCGGAGGACGAGGACGAAGACGAAGAUGAGGAGGCGGGACGGGAACAGCGGCCGAAGCCCUCGCAGCCGGCUGGGAUCGCGUGCGCCGUCUGUGGAGAGCCAAGCAGCGGGUGUCACUCGGAGCGCGGCAAACCCUGGAAAAAAUUCCUAUAUUGUGAGCCACAUAAGAGAAUUAAGGAAGUACUGGAAGAAGAACUUUUUAUUCAGAGAGAUGAAUGCCACAUCAAAAAACCAUCUACAGUGGCUCUGGAAGGAAUUUGGAGCAUUAAAAGGAACUUCUCUAUGGGAAGCUUGAAGCCAGGAUCACAGAAUAAAAACAGUUUACUUCCACAACCUAAAUACUAUUCCAGACAUGGAGGAAUAAGAAGAUAAGUAAAUUUUUUUUCCAUUGAGAAGUCACUUCUCUUGAUGUCCCAGGAGCUAAGAAGAAAACUAAGUACAUAUCUCAAUCUAUUUAAAAAAAAUAAUAAAAUGUUUUAGUCUAUA